AACUCUCCUGCUAUGGUAUUUGCUAGUUGGAAAAACUUUUGUCAGGUGGUGCAGUCGAGCAGAAAUGCAGCACGAGGCUAUGGAACAACAGUUGCGAAGGGAAAGGUCGGCGAACAUGCUUUAAAAUUGCGCGGAAGAAUACCCGCUGAAAAAAAUGAUUACAGACUUUUUGCUGGAGCCGUUGCUGCUCUCUCAUUAUAUGCUGCGACCAAAUGGUAUGCUAACUAUCGAAGAGAAGAGAUAGUGCGGAAAAAUUACGAGCAAAUAGUGAACAGCAAUUACGGUCCUUGGCAUGACUUUGAGAACAGACGAAUGCCGAAGUUUGCCAAAAUCUUGGCUAAUGAUUCUCCAUGUGGAGAUGCGUUCAAAGACGCGUAUAAGUGCUCGACUUUCGGCGAAGGCGGUUGCAGCGAACAAUUUGAAGCGUUUUUGGGGUGUGUGAAAGAAAAUCCGAUGAUAAUGAGAGAUAUUAAGCCAGAUGGAAAAUACAACUGGGAGUCGAAGCUCUUCCUGCACAAUCUUCUCACAGAAAAGAAACACUAUGAUGCACUGAUUGCCUCUGUAGGUCCUGCAGAAGAAGACAUGGAUGAUGUUUACAACAGCUAUCGUGCACGAGAAAUUCUUGGAGCUAAUGCUAGUGAGAAGCAAGUUUCGGACUUCAAAGCCAAGUUCAGUUCUCUGCGAGACGAAUUCUGGUCAGAAGUUGAGGCGCUUCACGAGGGAACCAAAACUGACUACUCCAGAGCAGAUCAGCUGCUGAAACUUCUGAUCAAAGACUACAGCAUCCCAGAGGCAGUCUGGCUACAGGCUAUGAAGGAUUAUGAUCUGGAAGAGUUUGAUGAAGCUGUCACCAUGGCCAGAAGGAAGUUUGGAACCGUCCUUCGUUUUGCUGAGAGGCUAGACAAGAUCAAAGAGAUGCGAGACGUUGAUCUCGGCGGAGUGACAUGUGGGUCUCAGUUCGAGAAGAUGUACGAGUGCAUGGACAACAAGCGGGACCACAACGACUGUCUGGACUACAUAGACGAACUGUACUUCUGCCGACAACACCACUACAAACAAGUGUUCCCCAGACCCACUCACAUGGAUUGUGACGUCAGGUAUACUGGAGUGGAUCUGUUCCAGAAACCGAAUGAGUCAUUCAAAGCCGAGAUCCAAAGGCCACAAGAAAUUAUGGGCUAUCCGGGGAUAGUGUUCUGAUGAGUUGAUCGUGAUUGAAUUAAACCCAGCUGGAUUUGAAAAAAUUGUAUACUUUAAAAUAAUACGGGUCAACCUUGAGAAUUUAAGAAGACUUUAAUACUGGACUGUCCUUCUUAACACAAUAACUGUUACUGCUUGGUAGUCGAAAAAAAAGAAUUUAACUGAAGAAAACUAGUUCUUAACUUUA